UGUUUUUCAUUUGUAACAAAAACAGUGGACGGUGGAGAAAGAGUGAUCUCCCGGCAACGACGAAAAAGGAAUAACUGCCGUUCCCCUUUUGUUGGGUUACCCAUAAAAACGACCUUUUUUUUCUGUGGGCCUAUCAAUUCCUUCUCAUCAUUUCCUUUCAAACAAAGAUUACGGAUAGCGUUUUGCCCUUUUCCCACUCUGAUUCUCCAUAACCCACCGCCAUGGACGACGAGUUCCACGAUUGGGAGCUUCUCCAUGAGUAUGACCCCACUUUCCCCCAACCCUACUCUUCCAAUCUUCCCUAUUCGAACUCGACGUUUUCGAAGGAAUUUGAAGGCGAUUCGGGCACCGAAAGCACAAUCUGUUUGGAUUACUUCUCUCUUCGUAAUCACGAAUCGAGUCCAAAAACUCCCCUGAAGUUUACUGUAACUAAUGGGUGUUUGGUCGAGAUAGAAAACCUCAGCUCCGUUGAUUCUGGUUCGGAGAUUCGGAGUUGUCGUAAGAAUACGAGUGAAUUUGGGUCUGACUUGGGAGACGACCUUUUGGGCGAAUGUGAAUUGAACCAAUCUCACGAGAACGGUCCUUUAGGUAUUACGAAAAGCGUAGCUGGGUUCGAAGAAAUUUCAAUCGAGGACGAGAAUUUGGAUAGACGGGAGACCGAUGAUGGUGAAUUGAAAGGCUCUCCUCUUGUUGCCAGAGAUGAACUGCUUCGUGUGAAGGACACGUAUGACCCGACGGAAUCCGAAGAACCUAGAGAAGAAAGUGAGAGCCAAGAUGAGAUUUUGGACGACACUUAUUCUAAUUGGAGUGGAAACGAGUCAUUUGCAAUGAAAUCUGGAGACGAUGGAAAAGAGAACGAUGCAGGCAGCGAUCAUAUAGAGAGUGUAAAUGAUAUUUCGAACAAUGAAGAUGAAGAUUCGAGUGAGAAAAUAGAUGUGGCAAUGGCGGUAGAAGAAGUGAAAGUUGAGGCAAAAUCUGGUGAGUUAGAGGCACAGAGGACGAAAGCUGUGUGGUGGAAGGUUCCUUUUCAGGUUUUGAGGUAUUGCUUUUUAAGGGCUAGCCCUGCAUGGUCCUUUUCUGUGGCUGCUGCUUUCAUGGGAAUGAUGAUAUUGGGACGUAAAUUGUACAAGAUGAAGAGGAAAGCUAAAAGCCUUCACUCGAAGAUUGCGGUGAAUGAUAAGAGGGUAUCACACUUUGCAGAUCGGGCUGCACGUUUGAAUGAGGCCUUUUCGGUGGUGAGACGGGUGCCUGUGGUGAGAGGUCCAUUGACAGGUGGAGGUGCAAAUUCUUGGCCUGCCAUGAGUAUGAGAUGAAGUUUCUUGUAUUCAUGAAAAUCUAAACUAUUUUGAGAUGUUGGAGGUCUGGUUGUGUGCAACAUAGUAUGUAAAUGUGAAGUUCAUAGGUAGUUUUUCUUUCUUUCUUUCUUUCUUUCUUUCUUUCUUUUUGCGAUGAUUUGUGUGUAAAUGAUGAAUAUGUAAGCCUCUUCCACACCAACUGUACUUUUUAGAAUUUUGUAUGAUAAGAUUUUACAGAUUCAAUGGAUAAUAGACAUGUGCACCCCCGAAGAAGUGUUUGUUUAGUUUUAGUAAUUCAUGGAGAUGAAUGAAGAUUGAAAGUUUAUCA